AUCGCUUCCAGCUGUGCGACGUUUCGUGCAGUUGCACAACCAGCAAUAAACUGAAAGCUUAAAAAUUAUUGUAUAGAUAUUUUCUGCGUUCUUUCUCUUUAUUAUCAUCAAGAUCGUAAAAAUCGCUAAGCAAAUUUUCCUUUUUACUGCUCCUGUGUGCACCACAUGGUUGAUUUUCUUAACGUCUUCCCAGGUGUUGGCUUGCAAAGCCGGAAUGAGGUAAAUUGUUGAUCCCUGGACCCUGGAAUUGAUUAUUUGACCCUGAUCGUCCUUGGCAGCCGUGCAGUUGAUCUCCAGCGGAAAUGGUCACCCAGCUGGUGUCUCGAACGGGGUUGACAGCGUAUUCCACGGUUGCAUCGCGACUGCUGCUCCUGCAGCGCAGUGGCAUCAAUCCUAGCGCGUCCCGACGUUGCAUUGCCAGCAAAAACGUUGAUCCGUCCUGCAAAGAUGGCAAGGAGCAGCAGACGGAACGUCGAAGUCCCAGUAAGCAGUCCAUUAAAAGCGUUCUGGUGGCCAAUCGAGGGGAGAUCGCCGUCCGAAUUUUUCGAGCAUGCACAGAACUGGGCAUACGCUCUGUGGCUGUAUACUCCGAGCAAGACAGAAUGCAGAUGCAUCGUCAAAAAGCCGAUGAGUCUUACCUGAUCGGAAAGGGUCUGGCCCCUGUGGCCGCAUACUUAAACAUUCCGGAAUUAGUGCGAAUCGCCAAAGAAAAUGACGUGGACGCUAUCCAUCCUGGCUACGGUUUCUUGUCCGAGCGAACGGAGUUUGCGAAAGCUUGCGAAGAAAACGGAAUCAUUUUCAUUGGUCCCACACCGGAUGUUAUGGAACGCAUGGGAGACAAAGUAGCGGCGCGUAAAUCGGCAAUUAGCGCUGGAUUGCAUGUUAUCCCGGGUACGGAAACCCCGAUCGAGAAUGCCGACGCUGCAGUGCAGUUCGUGGAGCAGCAUGGUUUGCCGAUUAUCCUCAAAGCGGCAUACGGAGGCGGUGGUCGCGGGAUGCGAGUCGUUCGGGAUAUGAAAAAUGUCAAAGAAAAUUUUGAAAGGGCUCAAUCAGAAGCCAAGGCAGCUUUUGGCAAUGGAGCCAUAUUCAUUGAGAAGUAUAUUGAAAAGCCUCGGCAUAUUGAAGUGCAGAUUAUGGGAGACAAUUACGGCGAUGUGGUUCAUCUUCACGAAAGAGAUUGCUCCGUUCAGCGGCGUCAUCAGAAGAUCAUCGAAUUGGCACCGGCUGUUUAUCUGGACAAGAAGAUCCGCGAUCAGAUGCACAACAGCGCGGUUACUCUGGCCCGGCAUGUUGGAUACCGCAAUGCUGGAACAGUGGAGUUUUUAUUGGCUCCCGAUGGAAAGUACUACUUUAUCGAAGUUAAUGCUCGCCUGCAAGUGGAACACACAGUCACGGAAGAGGUCACCGGUGUGGAUCUGGUGCAAACACAGAUUAAAGUUGCUGAAGGGAACACACUGUCGGAGUUGGGACUGAAGCAGGAGAAUAUAAAAGCAUCGGGCGUUGCCAUACAAUGCCGUGUUACCGCCGAAGAUCCCGCAAAAAGCUUUCAACCAGACACUGGGAGGAUUGAAGUUUUUCGAAGUGGAGAAGGUUUUGGAAUUCGUUUGGAUGGUGCUUCAGCUUUCGCAGGAGCUGUUAUAUCGCCUUACUACGAUUCCCUCUUGGUUAAGGUCAUUGCAAAAUCAAGCAAUCUUCCAUCUGCGGAAGCAAAAAUGUCUCGUGCUCUGCGAGAGUUCCGAGUUCGAGGCGUGAAAACAAACAUUCCGUUUUUGCUCAAUGUUUUGAACCACGAGCGUUUCUUGAACGGCUCUCUGGACACAUCCUUUAUUGACGAACACCCGGAACUUUUCCAGUUAGAAACGGGACAAAAUCGUGCCAGCAAAUUGGUCCAUUAUCUUGCCAAUGUUAUGGUUAAUGGACCUAUGACACCUUUCGGCAACAAAACCCUUCUCCCGGCCUCCAUUACCCCGACUGUUCCGGCUUACGAUCCCUCCGCACAGCCUCCAAAUGGAUGGCGCAAUGUUUUGCAGAAGGAAGGUCCUCGCGGUCUAGCGAAAAAGAUACGCGCUCAUAAGCCGUUGCUAAUUACGGACACUACGUUGCGCGAUGCUCAUCAGAGUCUUCUGGCCACAAGAGUUCGGACAUACGACAUGAAGAAAAUCGCUCCCUUCGUCUCCCAUCAUAUGCCACAGCUUUUCAGUAUGGAAAACUGGGGCGGCGCUACCUUCGAUGUGGCUAUGCGCUUCCUUUACGAAUGCCCAUGGGAACGCCUCCGAAAUCUCAGUGCCGCCACACCAAAUGUUUUGACUCAGUGUCUGGUGCGUGGAGCCAACGGGGUGGGCUACACUUCCUAUCCGGAUAACGCUAUUUUCAAAUUUUGCGAAAUUGCUCAUAAAAACGGCAUGGAUAUCUUCCGCGUGUUUGAUGCGUUGAAUUAUAUGCCGAAUUUGGCCAUGGGUAUCGAAGCUGCCGGUGCUAGUGGAGCCGUGGUGGAGGGAGCCAUUGCGUACAGCGGUGAUAUCAGCGAUCCGAGCAAGACGAAAUAUACGCUGCCUUACUAUAUGGAUUUAGCAGAUCAGUUGGUUAAAACAGGCAUCCAUAUUUUGUGUAUCAAGGAUAUGGCGGGAUUACUGAAGCCCGCUGCCGCGAAAACUCUUAUUUCUGCGCUCCGGGAUCGUUAUCCAGAAAUUCCCAUCCACAUUCACACUCACGACACUGCUGGAGCUGGAGUUGCCACUCUAUUGGCUUGCUCUGAAGCCGGAGCGGAUAUCGUGGAUGUGGCGGUGGAUUCCAUGUCCGGCAUGACAUCGCAGGCCAGUAUGGGGGCCGUUGUUGCCUGUCUGCAGAGCAGCCCGCGCGAUACCGGCAUUGAUCUGCAACGUGUCCAUGAAUAUUCUGCCUUCUGGGAACAAACCCGUACCCUGUAUGCUCCGUUCGAAUGCGCGGUGACCAUGAAAACCGGCAACUCGGAUGUGUACGACAACGAGAUACCAGGUGGACAGUACACCAAUCUGCAGUUCCAGGCCUUCAGUUUGGGAUUGGGUGACCAAUUUGAGCAGGUCAAGAAGGCCUAUCGAGAGGCGAAUUUAUUACUGGGUGAUAUCAUAAAAGUCACACCAACGUCGAAGACAGUUGGAGAUUUGGCGCAGUUUAUGGUGCAGAAUAAGCUGGACACCGAUUCCGUUAUGGAAAGGGCUGGUGAUCUGUCUUUCCCCAGCUCGGUGGUGGAGUAUUUCCAGGGAUACCUUGGUGAACCGCCUGGCGGAUUUCCGGAACCACUGCGCAGCAAAGUGGUCAAAGACUUGCCCAAGGUGAAAGGUCGCCCGGGAGAAUCCAUGAAACCUUUGGAUUUCGGCAAAAUGUACAAGGAUUUAUCUGAGAAAUUCGGUUCUCAAAUUGACGAGGAAACGGAUGUGAUGUCCGCUGCAAUGUAUCCAAAAGUAGCGGAAGAAUACUUCGCCUUCCGCAACGAAUAUGGUCCCGUGGACUGCUUGUCGACUAAGAUUUUCCUUAUCGGUCCAAAAGUUGGCGAAGAAUUUGAAGUGGAGAUUGAACGUGGCAAAACUCUACAGAUCAAAGUAUUGGCGAUCAGUGACUUGACAGCGAAAGGAGAACGAGAAGUGUUUUUUGAGCUGAACGGCCAAUUCCGGUCAGUAUUCAUUCCGGAUACGAAGGCACGUAAGACCAUCAACAUUCACCCUAAAGCACAGAAAGGCAAGCGUGAACAAGUGGGCAGUCCAAUGUUGGGCACGAUUCUGGAAAUCCCGGUCAAAGAAGGCGAUGUUGUGGAGAAAGGUCAACCGGUGGCUGUUCUUAGUGCCAUGAAGAUGGAGAUGGUGGUUCAGGCGCCAUAUGCGGCUACGGUCAAGAAGGUCCAUGUUGCGGCCGGUACGAAAGUGGAAGCCGAUGAUUUGUUAGUAGAACUUAGUGAAUGAAAUGCAUGCAUGCUGCGUGACUUAAGCCGUUAAAAUUUGACUUGCUGUAUAAUAUGGAAAAAGGGUUUUGGGCAACGUAAAGCACUUAUCAAGUGUUUAGUAUCAUAAUAAUGCUGGUUUUAUAGUGUCGGACUUACGGUGUUUAUAGAGUAGCGUCUUGCAGCAUUCUCUUGUUGAAUAAUGCGUGCCGUCGGGCUUUGUGUUUUGCUGCUCAAAUGUUGCAAUAUUAUUCUUUGGAUUUUAUUCGUAAUAUUGCUGCUAUAGGAUUUAUUUAUUGUAUGUGUUGGGUUUUGUCAUGUUUUGUCACUGGUUUCGGUUUGUAAUCUAUGGAAUAAAACUAUGGGGGUUUUUGAA